AUGAUUAUCUUUAUGGUUGCAGAAAAGCCUUCACUGGCUUUGUCAAUCUCACAAAUUCUUUCCAAUGGUCAAUUAUCAACACGAAAAGGAUUUAAUAAUGUGUGUAGUAUUCAUGAAUGGACAGGAAAAUAUCAAUCCAACCCGUCCGCACGGUUUCGUAUGACAUCCGUAGCUGGUCAUGUUUUUGGUAUUGAUUUCGUUCCGCGAUAUAAUAAUUGGGAUAAAGUUGAUCCAGCAGAGUUGUUUGCUGGUGAAACGUUGAAAAAAGAAGCAUCGCCCAAUCAUCGUAUGCCGAAUUUUCUGGAGAAAGAAGCACGAGGUGCAGAUGUGGUCAUUCUGUGGUUAGAUUGUGAUAAAGAAGGAGAAAAUAUUUGUUUCGAAGUCAUCGAUUGUAUUAGUUCGUCGAUUAAUCAACACGCAAAGAUUCUUCGAGCAAAAUUUAGUUCGAUUACCGAUAAGGAUAUUCGCCACGCUUUUAACAAUCUUGGCUAUCCGGAUAAAAAUCAAUCAUUAUCAGUUGAAGCUCGACAAGAAAUAGAUUUGCGAAUUGGUUGCGCAUUUACGCGCUUUCAAACGCGAUAUUUUCAAGGAAAAUAUGGAGAUUUGGAUAGUAGUUGUAUAUCUUAUGGACCAUGUCAAACGCCCACACUUGGUUUUUGUGUCGACCGGUAUGAUAAAAUACAAUCAUUUCAAUCGGAACCUUAUUGGUUACUGUCUGCUGAAAUUAAGCAUUCAAAUGGAAAAACAUUGAAACUCCAUUGGGAUCGUGGUCAUCUGUUUGAUAAAGAGAUCGCUUAUUUGUUUCUGAAUACUAUUAAAUCAGUGAAUAAAAUUCGAGUUAUUUCUACCAAAACAGAAAAGAAACAUAAAGGUCGUCCCAAUGCUUUGAAUACAGUUGAGUUACUCAAAGUGGCCAGCGCUGGUCUUGGCAUGAGUCCACAUCAUGCUAUGCAAAUUGCUGAGCGUCUCUAUACAUCCGGUUAUAUUAGUUAUCCACGUACAGAAACCACACAAUAUGCUGAUAAUGCUGAUCUUAAAGGUGUCAUUCGUGAAUUGUCAAACUGUUCCGGUUCAGAUUGGCAGAAUCAUAUCAAAAGUUUGCUUUCCGAAGGACAAUUUACUUCGCCAAAACGUGGUAAAGAUGUCGGUGACCAUCCUCCGAUUACUCCUGUAAAAUCAGCGAAUUCAGCAGCCGUUGGUGGCGGUGAUUAUUGGCGUUUAUAUGAUUAUGUCUGUCGUCAUUUUAUUGCCACAGUUAGUCCUGAUUGUAUUUAUGAGGAAAAAACAGUUUUGUUCGAAGCAGCAAAUGAAGUGUUCUCAUUAUCUGGAAAGAAUGUUAUCGAGCCCGGUUUUACAUCGAUCAUGCCUUGGAAACGUGUAUCCGAUGAUGAUCCCAUACCGAUGUUCACCAAUAAUGAAGAAUUUACUAUUGAAGAUAUGAAGUUAGAUGAACGACAUACCACAGCUCCUGAUUAUUUAACUGAAAGUGAAGUGAUCUCAAUGAUGGAAAAACAUGGUAUCGGUACUGAUGCAAGUAUUCCUGUUCAUAUUAAUAAUAUUUGCGAAAGAAAUUAUGUCAAAGUCGAUAAUGGUCGGCGUUUGAUUCCAACAUCAUUAGGCAUUGUGCUUGUUCACGGUUACCAAAAGAUUGAUCCGGAAUUGUCAUUGCCACAUAUGAGAUCAUCUGUUGAAACAGAAUUAAAUGAAAUUGCUUUGGGUCGUGCAAAUUAUAAACAAGUCGUGACACAUGUUCUUCGAAUCUUUGAACAAAAAUUUCACUAUUUUGUUCAACAUAUUCUGGGAAUGGAUUCACUCUUUGAAGUGUCAUUUUCAUCUUUAGCUGCUAGUGGAAAACCAUUCGUCAGAUGUGGAAAGUGUCGUCGAUAUAUGAAAUUGAUUGAAUCUCGACCAAGUCGUUUACAUUGUGAAACAUGUAAAGAAACGUACAAUCUUCCGCAGAAUGGUCUGAUCAAAGGUUUCAAAGAACUUCGAUGUCCAUUGGAUGAAUUCGAACUGGUUCAAUUCGUUGGAAAUAACAACGGCAAAAGUUUUUCAUUGUGUCCUUAUUGUUUUAACAAUCCGCCAUUCAACGACAUGCAUAAAAAUGCUGGCUGUAAUGAAUGUACACAUCCAACAUGUCGAUAUUCACUCGGUCACAAUGGCAUCUGCGCUUGUUAUAUAUGUAAACAAGGUGUUUUUGUCUUAGAUAUAUCAUCUGCACCGAAAUAUCGACUGGCUUGUAAUAAAUGUCCGUUUGUUUUGACAUUACCUGAAGCGAUUCAAAAGGUUACAGUGAAAGAUGGAGAAUUUUGUAAACGAUGUGAUACAGCUCUAGUCAAUGUUGAAUUUAACAAAGAGAAAAAUCCCGAUUUAACAAAUUUAACAUCAGCCUGUAUACUUUGUCACGAAUAUUUUCUCGAAACAAUCCAAAAAACAGUUACUUAUAUAACAAAUAUGCAAAAUCGGCCAAGUACAGGUCGCGGUGGACAAAGAGGUGGUCGUGGUCAAGGUCGCGGAAGAGGUGGCGGUCGUGGUGGACGUGGCCGAGGAAGAGGUUCUUCACGAGGUGGCGGUCGAGGACGUGGUCGGGGACGAAAUUAA